GCCCCUCUCUGUCUGUGGAAGUUGCUGCUAGCUCAUUUUGGCUGACUGCAGAGAUUACAGUGGGAUGAAAACAGAACUUGCUCAGAAACCUGAUAUGUCACAGGAAAUGGAGGAUAGCAUUGCUGAGGAGCUGGAUCAGCCAUCAUGCGAUACUGGAAUGGGGACUGACGUUCUGGAAUCAGGUGAUGCCACACCUCCUUCCAAGAGAAAAAGCAAAUUCUCAGGCUUCGGCAAGAUCUUUAAACCUUGGAAAUGGAGGAAAAAGAAAAGCAGUGACAAGUUUAAGGAAACUUCAGAAGUUUUAGAACGAAAGAUUUCAAUGCGAAAGCCAAGAGAGGAGCUCAUUAAAAGAGGGGUUCUGUUGGAAGACCCUGAGCAGGAUGGAGAGGAUCUAGAAAAAGGCAGCCACACAACACUGAAGAACGGACACACAAUCCCCAUUGACUGUGCUGGGAUUGUCAGCUUAACGCAGCUGGAGGAAGAGACCGGAAGGAGACUGAGCCUUAAGAAACCUGUUCCAUCAGAGGAACCAAAGAGAUUGCAAGGACCAUCCAGCAGCCAUCCUGGUUCAGAAGUGGAGCCUGCCCAGGAGUUCCAUGUUCCCAAGCAGCCACUGCUUCCUCCCAAACGACCCUUGUCUUCCCAGGAGGCAGGCGAAGUGCAGGCUCGGGACCAGAUCUCCGUCAGCAGCAAUGCAAGGACUAUGCCUUCCUCCCCUGCCGCGGCUACCACCAGCUUAGCCAAGGGGGCCCAUUUCCCCACGGCUCCUUCCCCAGCCCCGAGGACUGUGCCUUCUACUCUCACCAACACCCACACUACUGCUACCACGAACACCACCCAUGCAGCACCUGCCAAGCAGCCCCCUGUUCCACCCCCCAAGCCAGUGAAUAGGAACAGCAACCCCUUAAUAGCUGAAUUGUCUCAAGCUAUCAACAGUGGCACAGCUCUGUCAAAACCUUCUCCACCUCUGCCUCCCAAGAGGGGCAUCCCACUGAAUGUGUCCUCAUCUCUUGAAUCUGCUGCUCCUCCCAAGAAUCCUCCCGACUGGUUGAUGCCAUCAUCUCAUCGCCCUUCCUCAGUACCAGCGCACAUGAUGCCGCCUCACCUGCCGCCUUCUCCUUCACCCCCUCUGCCCUCUCACAUCCCCCCAGAGCCCCCACAUGUCCCCCUGUCUGCUUCCACCCAUGGGGCAGAACCCCCGCUUUCCCCAGAACUGCGGAUGGAGACCCAUCCAGAAGGACCCUCCGUGCAGGACAUGGCCAAGAGGAUGGCCGAGCAAGGCUUUGGAGAGCCUCGGCUGCCCCCGCUCCCCCUCCACAUCCGCAUCCAGCAGGCCCUGACGAGCCCCUUGCCAGCAACUCCGCCUGCCGACGGGUCACACAGGGCUCACUCGCUGCUCUUUGAGAACGAAGAGUCCUACGGAGAGAACAGCACAGGGGGCAGAGCAACGUCACUGCCGGUCACCAUUGAGCUGCUGAAAGUUCCAGACGAUGAUGAGCAGGAGGAAGAAGACGACCUGGAGGAGGUGCACCAUUCCAGUUCCCGUGUUUACAUUGGAGAGGCCCCAUCAGUUACAGUCAUUCCUAGGCUAAUACUCCAGACCGUGGAGGAUGACGAAGAGGGGCCGAGCGACUCGGACUCUGAAGGACCCAUUCCAUAUAAGGAAGAGAAUGAUGAAGAUGAAGACGAAAGCCAUAACACUGCGCUAGCCAACAAGGUCAAGAGGAAAGAUACUCUAGCCAUGAAACUGGGCAAUAUAGCCUCCCGGCAGGAGAUAUCAGAAGAGACCACUUUUCCUCGGAAGAGCAAGGAGGAGUGGAAUGAAAUUCGGCAGCAAAUUGGGACAACGCUGAUCAGGCGACUAAGUCAGAGACCUACUGCAGAAGAACUGGAGCAAAGGAAUAUACUCCAGCCAAAAAAUGAGGCUGACCGGCAAGCUGAAAAGAGGGAAAUAAAACGGAGGCUCACCAGAAAGCUUAGUCAAAGGCCCACAGUGGCUGAACUGCAGGCGAGGAAGAUCCUGAGAUUUAAUGAGUAUGUGGAGGUCACAGAUGCCCAUGACUACGACAGGCGAGCAGACAAGCCGUGGACAAAAUUAACUCCUGCUGACAAGGCUGCCAUCCGGAAGGAGCUGAACCAGUUCAAAAGUUCCGAAAUGGAAGUCCACGAAGAAAGCAAGCAGUUCACACGGUUUCAUCGGCCAUGAAUAUUUCCCUCCCCCCCCUUUUUUUAAAUGGAGGAGAGGAUUUAUGGCAUUUACUGUUUUCCCUUUCCUGAGUGAAAAGGAACCAUGAGGCUUGUCUAAGAUUUGCCUUCACAACAUAUCCAGGAAAUGACUGUUUGCAAGGCAUGGAGAGGAGUAAGAAAAACCUUGGCCCCAAAGUAGCAUUUCCUUGGAAGGAAUUUGUCUCAAGUGCCAUCACUUCAUAGUGGGAGAAAAAAAGAAAACACUAUACCUCAGACGAUACAGCAAUACCCCUGUGCUUGUUGCCAGAUGGCCUGGCUCCGAGGGACCGAAGACAGCUCCAGCAUAUCAAUGGACGGUGUCCCCAUGCGUUGUAGGUUCCUGUCCUGCUCUCUCUGACCACACUGUCUACUGUAAAUAGUAUGUGCUGAACCGUUCAAGGAAAAGAGAAAUCAAGAGAUUUGGAGCGGGAAGUGUGUGUGUUUGCUCGCUCUGUACAAAGGAAACUUAAAACAAAAACUACUAUCCUAGCAGGAAACUGACACAUUACUGGAGACUUUUUUUGCGUAUGUCUUUUCUAUGUACAUAAUAUUCAGAAUCACUACUGACCAAUUCUACAUCAUCUUGUUGAGGAAUUGUAUAGCUCUUAAAUGGCAUAUGCUGCAUCUUGUAAAAAUAUAUAUCUUUUUUAAAUUUUACAAUGGACAGCAACAAAAACAAAAAUCCCCCCACAAAUUUGCUCAAGACCUCAUUUUUUUCAAUAUUUAGGCCUGUUUAACAGGAACUGCAAUGCUUGGAAUGAGUUGCCUUCAGGAAGCCGCGGCAUCGAAUACAUUGUAUUUUUUUUUUUAAAAAAUCAUGGCUUCCUGGCUUUUUUAUAAAAACUUUUUGAAACUCAAGUGAAACUUGCCUUUUCCUAGUUAUGUAGCAAAACUUACUAUAAGUUCUAAAUGUAAUAUGCUUGAAAAGGGCUUAAAUAUGACUUGUUUUUUUAAAGAAGCAGCAAACAAGGCAUCCCUUUAUCACAGGCCUGCACAGCUUCAUCCCUCUUGCAGAUGUUGGACCUCAACUCCCAUCAUCUCUGACUGCUGGCCACUGUGGUGGCAGAUGGUGAGAGCUGUAGUUCAACAACAGCUGGAGGACCAAAGUUGUGCAGACCUGCUUAUGCAGCAGUUUGGAACGGUGUCACGAGCCAUUGCUGGGAUGUUGAGCAUGCUCCUCUUGUGUCCUGUGGGAGAAGGGCAGGCAGGUGAAGAUGUUAACUGAGGGAUGUGGGGAUUGGGGUGUGUUAAUUUUGGUGGUUCUGCUUUGAUCACGGCUUGGCUCAACACCACCUGUAUCACAAAAGGUUAUCCUUGAAGAUACCAAUCAGACAACCAAGGCUGGCCUUAGGAUUUUUGGCACCCUAGGUGAAGUAUGACUUUGGUUCCCCCCUUUUCUGUUCAGAUUAUAUUCUGUAAAAUAUAAUUUUAACUGAAUGAUGGAGCAGGCCCCAAAUCAUACUUUGCAUAAUUUGCACUUGCUGGGCAGGGAGGAUUGCGUCGAGGAAGCAGAUUAUACAUUGAAAAAUUAGGAAGAUGUCCCGCUGCUGCUCAGCUCCAUGUGGAGUCUGCCCCUGGCACACUACUGGCCAGUGUGCGUGCACAGCCACCAUGUGAGGGGUCAGUCCAGCAAACCUUUUUUCUGGGCUGGCCCCUCAAAUGGCCAUAUGUGUUUCGGCCAGUUGCAUGGUGGAGGAGACAGAGGCGAACUCCACAUGGGGAGAGGCAGUCGUUGCAGGGUGUCAGUGGCGGGACAUUUUGAGGAUUUUUAUGGGUAGAAUCUGCUUCCUCACCACCAUCUGCCACAACUGCCACUGGGAGCCACCACCAGUAAUCGCUGUGUCGGGGUGGCAGUGCCCACAGUAGCCUCCCCCCCCCCCACCGAUUUGGCACCCUGCCUAGGUUUGGCUGGUGCACAGACUGGCCUUGCGUACAACUCCACUUUGACUACUAGCUGGCCCACUCUGGGCUGAAGACCGUUGCACACCAUUCUGUACUUGCUUGCCUCGGGAAGAGGCCUUCAUGUGCUUUGACUGCCAUUGCUUCCCUGGUUGCCUAACAUCUGGUGCGUAAAGUGACCAGAGGCAGGAGGAGAAAGGCCAGGACCUGGUGCCCAUAGCUCUUGUAUCUUGUAACAGUUGCAUUGAAGGAGGAAUCUCCAUAGCAUUUUUCACAAACAGGUGAUAAAAGCGGCACGUGCUGAGAUUCUCCUUCCUGUUGCAACUACCAAAGUUAUGGGAGCCGGUUCCUUCCUGCAUUCUGACACUUUUCCUGUGCUAGGGGUCUGAGAAGCAUGGCAAUUGCAACUAGACUGCCUUCACAUUUAAUAUUCCCUCCACCUUCAGCCUGUUUUGUUCUUCCCACCUCCCAAUUUAUUUUUUAAGCUAAUUGAAAAUACAGGUGAACCUCAUUAUCCGCAGGUUACCACAGGUAACGAAACCGCAGAUAAUGGCGCAUUGGGUCAAGUGGGGUGGGGGGAGCUUUAGGUUCCUGGAGGCUGGGAAACCACAGUAAGAAUGGGUAAAAGUGGGGGGGUGAAAGCAAAGUAUCCUACCAUGCUCCAUGGGCCUCCAGCUAUCCAGAAAUGCCCCCCAGAAGUCCAAACUCUUUCAUAAUUCUGUGGGGGUUUUUGUGGGGGGAGGAGGUCUUUUUUUAAACUAAAUGAGCCACAAAAUGGCUCCCUUUUACAAAAUGGCAGCCGAGAAUGACCUCCAAGCUCAUUUCCGGCUAUCUACAAACUGGAUACACAAAAAUUGACCACUUGUUUUCUGCAUAUGCCGAGGUUGUGCGUCAAUUACCUGACUGCAGGUACAUGAAAUCGUGGAUAUCAGAUCCGUGGAUAAUGAGAUUUGCCUGUACUUCCCACAGGGUGAAAGAGUGGAGUUGGAUUUGUCCCCACCCUUAAUUGGUGCAAGGAAGGAAGCUAUGGGAGAAAACGGGUGCUGGUGCACUCUAGAUCCAAACAGCUUUCAUGGUGUACAAAAUAUCUCUGUAGAGGAAAUAAUUGCAUUGUAUAUCUGUCUUCCUAUCGACCGGAUUUUAUGAAAUAAAUUUUUUUAGAGAAAAAAAA